AUGGGUAAAGGAUACGAUGCCUACCGCGACCGCGGUUGGCAUGUGAAGACAAACUGGAAGCAAGACUGGAAGGAGGAGAAGUACAAUUCAUACAGCCGCAACAAAGGCUGGGGCGGUGAAGAUCGCGGCCCCAAGGGGAAAGGAGGAGGAAAGGACUCCAGCAACUUGUCCAAGUGGCUGACCUGGGUGCUCCGGCACGGCGCCACGGAGGCGAAUUUGAACAUCAACGCCACAGGCUAUGUGGCGGUGGAGGAGAUGUGCCGACUGCGGGAGAGCUCCUGCGGAAGGCGCACGAGCUUGGACGAGAUCCGAUCUGUGGUCAAGCAGUGCCCCAAGCAGCGCUUUGAGAUGUACGAGGACAGCACCGGGGCCUGGAUCCGGGCCACCCAGGGCCAUUCUCUGGCCUCGGUGUCGGACGAGUCCAUCCACCGGCCCCUGAACUCUGCGACUGACGUGGGCCAGGAGCAGGUGGUGCACGGCACCUUCCUGCGCCACUGGCUGAAGAUCCGCUCGGAGGGGCUGAGGAAGAUGAGCCGGAACCACAUCCAUCUCUGCCUGGGUCUGCCGGGCAGCGGAGUGGUGAGCGGCAUGCGCGAGGACUGCAACGUGGCGAUCUUCGUGAACCUGGCGGCUGCCAUGGAGCAGGGCGUGAAGUUCAUGCAGUCCAGCAACGGUGUGAUCCUCACCCCAGGCGAGGGCGAGGGCGUGCUGGCCCCUGGCUACUUCGCCAGCGCUGUGUGGCUCGGGCCGAACAGCCAGAGAGUGAAGAUUUACGAUUCCGAGGAGGGCGGCGAUCUCCUCGCCGCGAUGCGCGAGCAGCACCCGGACCUGGACCUGGCAGUGCAGACCGUGGAGCAGGCGCAGAGAGUCAAGCCGGAGGUGAAGCAGAUGCCGCGGCCGAAGAAGAUGCCGCAGCUGCUGAAAGCGCCUUCUCCAAGGGAGGAGGGCUCGAUCCGGCCCGCGGAGCCGGUGAAGCCGCCUUCCUGGAAGGAGCUCGCGCCGCCCCAGACCAAGGCCUCCGCGCCUUCGCCGUCGGCUGCGCCGGACUGCGCGGUGGCUCCGUCCUCCGUGCCGGCGUUCCAGGACGUGCCCGACGAGGUCUACCACGGAGCCGAGUGCGAGCGCUGGGACUGCGACGAGAGGAUCUCGAGAUCUUGGGAUUGGGACGUCAGGGGUACCAGCAUCUGGUGA